AUGCACAACCUGUAUCCAGUAGAAAUCUUAUCGCUGGCACUUCGAGCUCGAGGUAUGGGUGUCUAUUCUUUCAUCCAGGGUGCAGCAGGAAGCGUCCAGAACUAUGGCAUCGCGGUCGAUAUCGACAAGCUCGGAUACAAAAUUUGGGCCGUCUAUGUUGUGUACAACACUCUGCAGCUCAUCGCGUCAUAUUUCGUUUUUCCAGAAACAUAUGGGUUGAGCUUGGAGGAGAUUGACGUAGUGUUCGAGACACCUGGUGUCAAUCCAGUCAAGAUCAGUUUGAAUAUUCAGAAGGCCAAGAAGCGACGAGCUGUGCUAGAAGAAGAGGUUGACACGGUUGGUGCGAAAGCUUGA